UCACACCGGAAGCUGCUGUUGUCUGCUUCGUUGUUCUCAACUUUGACCUCAAGUUGUGUGCACGCUGGAAAUGGAAACUGAGUGAAACAACGUGGAUAGUUAAAGAUUAAAGAAGUAUUCGUUAAAUUCGGCAUUGGCAGAGCUUCAGUGUCCCAUGUUUUCUUCCGCCUGGAUUUAAUAACUCGACUCCUCAACGCGACUGAAAGAUGGGGAAGGCACCUAAGAAGAGGAGCCUUGCUGACAAGGUCCGAAAGACCAAGACCUCUACUGAGAUCAAAAACAACCCGUUUGAGGUGAAAAUUAACAGGAAGAAAUUUGAUGUACUGGGGAGAAAAACCAAGCAUGAUGUGGGUCUGCCCGGUGUGUCUCGAUCCAAAGCCAUUAAUAAGAGAAAAGAGACCCUCCUGAAGGAAUACAAACAGAAAAACAAGUCCAACAAAUUCAUUGACAGGCGCUUUGGAGAGUAUGACACCAAGAUGGCGCCAGAAGACAAAAUCCUACAGAGGUUUGCAAUGGAGAGACAGCGUGUCCAUGACAAGAAGGAUGUGUACAACCUGAACGAGGAAGAAGAGCUGACUCAUUAUGGCCAGUCACUGGCUGAAAUGGAGAAAUUCAAUGAUGUGGUGAAUAGCGAUGAUGAAUCAGAAGAGAAAGGACUUUUGUCAGCUGAGCUGACCGCUUCCCACUUCGGAGGAGGAGGAGGGGGCCUCCUCAAAAAGAAAACAUCAGUGGAGCAGCAGGAUGAGGAGGGAAGCCAGAGGGCCAAAUCCAGGCAGGAACUCAUUGAAGAGCUCAUCCAGAAGUCCAAGCAGGAGAAGCGGGAGCGGCAGGUGCAGAAAGAGGAGGCGCAGGAGCUGACUGAGAAGCUGGACCAGGAGUGGAAGAGCAUCCAGGCGCUGAUGGUGAAAAAGACGCCCAAAGCUGAACAUGUUGACAAACAAGAGGAGAAGCCCAAGCUGGAGGAGUACGACAUGAUGGUCAGAGAGCUCGGCUUCGAGAUGAAGGCUCAGCCCUCAGAGAAGAUGAAAACCCCGGAGGAGCUGGCCAGGGAGGAGAGGGAGAAGCUGCAGAAACUAGAGGCUGACCGUCUGAGGAGGAUGAUGGGAGAUGAAGUCGGGGACAGUGCACAGAGUCAGAGCCACAUGUCUGCUGAUGACCUCAAUGACGGCUUCAUUCUGGAUAAAGAUGACAAGAAGACCCUGGCUUAUCAGGAUGGAAAAUGGAACAUAGGAGAGGAGUCUGAGGAAGAUGGUGAUGAAGAUGAAGAAGAGGGAGAGAGUGCUGAAGAGGAUGAAUUAGAGGCGGAGGAGCAAGAUGGAGAGGGAGAUGAAGAUGAAGAAGAGGAGGAAGAGGAAGAGGAGGAGGAGGGCAGCAGUGAAGAAGAAGAUGGCCACUCUGACCUGGACUCUGAGAAAGAAAGCGAGGAUGAGGAGAGAAAACAGGCGGAGAAAGAGACCAGUGCCAAACCGAAGACGAGUCUGAGCAAAGAGGAGAUGAAGGCCCAGCAGGAGGCAGCUAAAACAGAGCUCCCAUACACAUUCACUGCUCCAGAGAGCUACAACGACCUGAAAGAUUUGCUCUCUGGCCACACCCCUGACAACCAGCGCCUCAUUGUGGCCAGGACUCAGAAGUGCAACCACCCUAGUUUGGCUGUAGGCAAUAAGCUCAAACUGCAGAAACUGUUUGGCUUUCUGUUGGAGUACAUUGGAGAACUGGCCACUAGGAGUCCACCAGAACUCACCACCAUAGAUAAACUCAUACCGGAGUUGUACGCUCUGUGUCAGAUGUUCCCCGAAGUAGCCUGCAAGGCUAUGCAGGGCAUCCUUGGAGAUGCCGGUCACAGCAUGGAGGAGGUGCUUGAGGUCAAAGGGCGUGUUGCUUUUCCAACACUAGACAUGCUUAUCUACUUGAAGGUUACAGCCCUGCUGUUUCCUACCUCAGACUUCAGACACCCAGUUACAACUCCAGCACUGCUUUACAUGAGCCAGGCUCUCACCAAGUGUCCAGUGAGAUCAUUACAGGACGUAACGUCCGGUUUAGUGCUGUGCUGUCUGGCAGUGGAGUAUGUCUCUUUUUCAAAGCGCUUCCUUCCUGAGCUCAUCAGUUUCCUGGCUGGAACGCUACACCUGGCCGUGCAGGACAAGACCUCUCUAGGUUACACCGUGGUGCCGCCUUUCAGGCCAUCAGGGAAGAACAGUGAUCUUCUGGUGCUGUCAGACUCUGAGUCCUGCAAGAGCUGGAGCAAGAAACACCUGCCACUGUCGGCUUCCCAACACCUGGAACUCAAAAAUGACAUCGACAGAGACCAGCACAGGUUGAUGUGUUUGUCUACCUGCCUGGACUUGGUGAAGCGGUGCUGCCUGCUCUACAAAGACCUUACAUCCUUUCCACACAUCUUCCAGCCAAUCAGAACGCUGCUUUCCAAACAUCUUUCAACCCAAACAUUACCAGAGCCUUUACAGGAACUUCACAGUGCGAUCCUGGAGGCCAUCAGCAGUGCCCCUGUGACUCACAGUCCGCUGGUUUUUGAGAAGAAGAAGCCUAUUCCUCUGAAGCUGCUCACACCCAAGAUCGUUGAAGUGUUGGACUAUGGAAAGAAGCGUGGCAGCACCAGAGAGGAGAGAGAGAAGGAGCGACUGAAGCACAAAUACAAGAAGGAGUUCAAGGGCGCUUUGAGGGAGAUCAGGAAGGACUCGCGCUUCCUGGCCAGAGAGAAGCUCAAUGAAGUCAUGAACAGAGAUGCGGAGAGAAAGAGAAAGGUGAAGGAGCUCUUUGGCAGCUUGGCCACUCAGGAGGGAGAGUGGAAGGCCCUAAAGAGGAGGAAGAGGAAGUGAAUGCAGAAUUUCAGCCUCCAUUGUCUGUUGCUUUUCAUAUGGACUUCUCCUGUUCAUCUUUGUAUAACAACCUGUACAAGAUGGAAGGUUUGAGGUAUUGGGAACUGUAUAGAUUCUCUUUUGUCACGAGGACAAAUUCAGCUUGUUGCUACUCACGUUUUAUACUGUUUGAGAAAUAGCUGUCAGGAUUGCACACCAAGUUGUCAGAUAUCCUGAUGUAGGCGUUUGACGUGACUGGAUACUGUUGUUGGAAGUGUCAGUCAACAAAGCUGUUAAUAUUUGGUAUCCAUUCCCCUUUUUUCCACCAGAAUUCAUCACUACAAUGUGAUAAAACACAGGAAAAAUAAAUAACUUUAUCUUUUAA